AUCGAAAAAGCACUGUUAAAGGAAGUGUUAGCAGGACACUUUAAUCCUCACUUUAGGCAACUUUCUUUCAUCCACUUUUAUCUGUAGACAGCGUUUUACAUACUUUAACCUGCUGCUGCUGGCUAAAUUACUCUGUAGGGCGGUUUUUAAAAAUCCGCGUAAUAGAUUUAACUUAUGUGGAGCUACAAACUGUAGCUUUCGUCAAUUGAACCACCUUUCGACACGCUAACCUAGCUAACGUUCAGACCUUCACUGAACAGUUUGAGUUUUGGAUAAGGUAUCGUCAGGGGUUCCUCUGAAUCACCGUAGAAUCACUUUGAAUAUGGAAUCCUCUGCCAAGGUCAAGCUGACAAAGGACCUUAAAUUUCAAAGGCCUGAAGUUAAGGUAAACAGUGAUGGACCCAAGCGGAUUCCUGUGUCGCACGCACAAACAACUCCAAAGGCUUUAGUCACACAAACUUCACAUCAACGUGUCCUAGGGGUCUCAAAUGGACCCCAGCGCAUUCAGAAACCCAUCAGCACCCAAAAAUCGGCAUCUCAUGUGUCGGUUGCGAAGCACAUGAACCCAGCUGAUCAGAAUGUGAACCCUGCUGUUCAGAUUGUAAAUCCUUCACCCCAUCCCCAAAGCCAACCAAAGACAUACGAGUCCAAGAUGAACUCCAUUCAGGCUAAAACCACAACAGAAUCAGCAAGGCCGGAAAAGCCACAGAACAAACCAGCCAAGACUGAUUCUGUGACUAACACUUCUUCAAAGAAGCGAUGGAGCUUGGAAAACUUUGACAUCGGUCGACCUCUAGGAAAGGGUAAAUUUGGCAAUGUCUACCUGGCUAGAGAGCGGCAAACCAAGUUUAUCUUGGCUCUGAAAGUUCUGUUCAAGAAGCAGUUGGAGAAAGCAGGAGUAGAGCAUCAGCUGAGACGAGAGGUGGAGAUCCAGUCUCACCUCAGACACCCAAACAUCCUGCGCCUCUAUGGUUACUUCCACGACACGACUCGUGUUUACCUAAUUCUUGAGUUUGCACCCAGGGGAGAACUCUACAGUGAGCUACAGCGCUGUGGAAGUUUUCCUGAGGAAAGAAGUGCCACAUACAUCAUGGAGCUGGCAGAUGCCCUAAACUAUUGCCACUCAAAGAAAGUGAUCCACCGAGACAUCAAACCAGAGAAUCUGCUACUGGGGGCCAAUGGGGAGCUGAAAAUUGCAGAUUUUGGCUGGUCUGUUCACACACCUUCCUCCAGGAGGUCUACUCUGUGUGGAACACUGGACUACUUGCCUCCAGAGAUGAUUGAGGGGAAAACUCAUGACGAGAAGGUGGACUUAUGGAGCCUUGGUGUCCUUUGUUAUGAAUUCCUGGUUGGAAAACCCCCAUUUGAAACAAAAAGUCACGAGGAGACGUACCGUAGGAUUUCAAGGGUGGAGUACACUUACCCUGCACAGGCCAAUAUCAGUGCUGGAGCCAAAGACUUGGUUGCCAAGUUGCUGAAGCACAACCCCAUGCACAGGCUCCCCAUCCAGGGAGUCCUGACUCACCCCUGGGUGGUCGAGUGCUCCACCAAGAAACCCACCACCCUGAACAAUGAAGAGCCUGCUCAGUGAGCAUUUCCACAACUGGAGUAUUAUGGUCAGAGUGUCUGGCUCGUGCAGAACACAAACUGUUUAAUACUGUGGUGAAAGAACCUUUAUGUUCAGAAGAUAAUUUAUCAGAAUCUGCUUGUAACUACUUGAGCUGUGACAACAGGAUCACCAAGUGUGGAUGUUGUGUCUGCAGGAAUCUUGAGCCACUUUUUGUUGUUAUUCUCCUCUUUGUUUCCAUUUCUUACAAUGGCAUUCAUUUUCUGUAAAUAUGUCACCGUCUUUGUCUAAUUAUGAAAAUUUUAUUAAUUUUACUAAAAUGCCAUUACUUGAAACACAAAAUAAAGGAUCAUUUAAUGGAAUAUUUGACUUUGUAAUUCAACAUGUUUGUCAGAUACAAUAGUUUUGUGUCCUUUUAUGCAUUUCUGUCUCAGUAAAUUGACUCAUAUUUGGAAAACAUUGCACUAAUAACAAGUAUUAAAAUGUCCAGUACUGUUUCGUGACAAAAGCAUGGCCAGCAGAGGGCGCUAAGGUAUCACUGAGGUAUUUAAAAGACACUUGCAGAUCACACCAAUAUCGUCACUGAAAAAGAAGCUUCUCCGUGGCUAUUUUAUUGAACUCUAAUAUCUGCUGCAAACGAAUGAUUGAAAUGUUAGAAACGCUUGUGCUUUUUGAUACGGCGGGGUGUUCUGCAUCUUUUAUGGUUUUCUACAAUGUAUUUAAAAUGUCUAUCCUAAACACAAUGAAAAGUUAUGCAUUAUGGCACAAAUAAAGUUGUAGAAAUGGAAAGUGAGAUGUUUUAAAUGCAUGAAUA